AUGGGAAAUAAGGUCUCUGCUGACCUCACAGUCAGCACAGGAACCCCCCAGAGCUGCUGCCUCAGCCCCAAACUCUAUGCCCUGUACACUCAUGACUGUGUUUCCACCCAGGACAACAAUAUCAUUAUUAAAUAUGCAGAUGACACGACCACCCUUGGCCUCAUCAAGGCGGACGCUAUCUUCCCUACGGCUCCGGACCGAGUCAGCGCCUUGGCGGGCUCCUGCGCUGUCAUCCCGUGCUCCUUUUCGCCCGUUCAUGGAAAAGUCAAGCAUGUGGAGGUCAGGCUGCGGUUUAAAUCUUUACCCUUUGCUUCAAUCAAGGGAACGGCCUUUGGCACUCAGGAGGGCGUGAGCACGCACUCGAAGUUUCGCAAACGCACCGCCCUGGCAGGAAACCUCAGCAAAGGAGACUGCUCUGUGUCCAUCCGGAGCCUCAGAAAGGACGACGCCGAUAGGUAUGAGCUACAGCUGAAAGAGAAGGGAGCGUCAGAGUGGGGCAGCGUAAAAAUGAUCCAUCUGUCUGUAACAGAUUCCCCUGAGAAGCCUGUAAUCUCUGACCCAGGGUCAGUUUCUGAAGGGCAAAUGAUAGUCCUGAACUGCUCUGUGAAGUACAGCUGCCCAUCAGAGGCACCCACUCUGCAGUGGACCUUGGAAAGAGGGGGUUCACAGAACAGGAGUAUGUUUUGGGAGACAAAGGCUCCAGGACAACCGCCCACUCUCCACUCCUCUCUCACGUUCAUUGUCUCUCAUCACACCAAACCUCGGGUGGUUUGCGAGGCAGUUUAUCCAGGGAAUAGGAGAGCAGUAUCAGCCAAAGAACUCCACAUUAAGUUUCCUCCUAAAGAUGUCUCCAUUCAUACCCAUACCUUGUCCGUCAGUGAGGGAGGAAACGUUCUGCUUGCCUGCACCUGUAAGGCAGACCCACCUGUAUCUGAGUACACCUGGUCCUACACACAGUCUGGGCACACUGUAAUCCUCCCUCAGCGUACACACAUGGUUCGAAUUUUCAAUGUGACCAGAGACAUGCGGGUCCUGUGCGCGGUUCAGAACAAGAUAGGGCGUGCAGAGUCUCCUCCCACACCAGUCAACGUGCAAUACAAGCCUCACAUCUCCAGUCUGUUUUCCUCCUGUAACUGGGACGGCAGUCUGCUGGCUUGCAGCUGUGCGGUGGAUGCCAACCCCCGACCCGCCAUCACCUGGAGCGUGAACGGGAGCCUGCCUCCGGACGGCUACAACUCCUCCGUCUCAACUGAAAAUCACAGCGGCGGCUUGUUGGUGGCCGUGCUGGAGGGUCCCAUGGACGCUCCACUGGUGGUGACCUGUUACGCCUUCAAUGCUUUUGGAAACGACUCUUAUAACCUUCUGCAAGGGGAUGAAGGUACUCUGUUAAUGUGGAAAGUGACGGCCGUGGGGAGCACAGUGCUUUCCCUUCUCCUUCUGUCUCUGCUCUUACUGUGCUGCUGUUGCUACUGCAGACGCAAGAAGACAGAGAGACAACACAUCAUGAGGUACAGACCCCCUGCAGUGUACCCUGAGAAUAUGGGAAUCUACCAAGACAACACUCCCCUCUACAUAAACUGUGCAGAGGUUACCAACAUAUACACUAAUGGGAGUUACCAGUUAGUCUAUCAGAACUGCACCCCAGUAUUUGUCAGAACAAAACAGACACACAAGAGACAGAGGAGAGCUGGCAGGAGGGAG